CAGGAAGCACCGCGGGCGGGAGGGGAGCAGGGCGCGAGUGAAAAGGAGGCCGGGCGCGCUGCUUGCUCCGCGGCCGGCCCAUGCGGGGAAGGGGCUGGGGGCAGGGCCGGGGGCCGCAGCCGGCGGAGAGGGCAGCCUGCGAGGUCCUGCCCGGCCGGCCGCCCCGCGCCCUGCCUCGCCCUGCAUCCCGCCGGCAGGGAGGGAUGCGCUGUGCGCCUAGCUCCCCCCCACCGCCCAGCCCAUGCCCUGAAGCACAAAGUUUGGGGUGUGGGGGGUACCUUCCCGCUUCCGCACAAUGACAGCCCAGGGACUCCUGCUGCACAGCCUCGACUGUGACCUGCCUUCGCUCCCCAGCCCCAGGCCUCAUUUCUGAGCGUACGAGGGGGUGCGGUCUCCCCCAAGACGGCGUCCAGGAAGGACAGAUUCCCCUUGCAGACCCGCACAAACCAUGAAGAGGUGCAAAUCGGACGAGCUGCAGCAGCAGCCGGGCGAGGAGGAUGGAGCUGGGCUGGAGGAUGCAGCUUGCCACCUGCCGGGCACGGACCUCCGGCCCGGGGAGGCCGCGGGUGCUAACUCCGCAAGCGGGCCAACUUCAGAUGCGAGUGCUGGGGCGGCACCCAACCCGGGUUCCCGAAGCAAGCCUCCUGAUUUAAAGAAAAUCCAGCAGCUCUCAGAGGGCUCCAUGUUUGGCCACGGCCUGAAGCACCUGUUCCACAGCCGCCGCCGGUCACGGGAGAGGGAGCACCAGGCGUCUCAGGAUUCCCAGCAGCAGCAGGGCAUGUCUGACCAUGACUCCCCGGACGAGAAGGAGCGCUCCCCCGAGAUGCACCGCGUCUCCUACGCCAUGUCCCUGCACGACCUGCCUGCCCGGCCUACUGCCUUCAACCGCGUGCUGCAGCAGAUCCGCUCCCGGCCCUCCAUCAAACGGGGUGCCAGCCUGCACAGCAGCAGUGGGGCCGGCGGGGGCAGCAGCCGGCGCACCAAGAGCAGCUCCUUGGAGCCCCAGCGCGGCAGCCCCCACCUGCUGCGCAAGACCCCGCAGGACAGCAGCCUGGCCGCCAUCCUGCACCAGCACCAGUGCCGUCCCCGCUCCUCCUCCACCACUGACACUGCCCUGCUGCUGGCUGAUGGUGGCAACGUGUACCUCCUGGCAGAGGAGGCUGAGGGCGUCGGGGACAAGGGUGACAAGGGAGACCCCGUGGCCCUGAGCCUCCCCUCAGGCACUGGCCAUGGUGACAGUGAUGGCCCCAUCAGCCUGGACGUGCCCGAGGGGGCACCAGACCCCCAGCGGACCAAGGCUGCCAUCGAUCACCUGCACCAGAAGAUCCUGAAGAUCACAGAGCAGAUCAAGAUCGAGCAGGAGGCACGGGACGACAACGUGGCAGAGUACCUGAAGCUGGCCAACAAUGCGGACAAGCAGCAGGUGUCACGCAUCAAGCAGGUGUUUGAGAAGAAGAACCAGAAGUCAGCCCAGACCAUCGCCCAGCUGCACAAGAAGCUGGAGCACUACCGCCGGCGCCUGAAGGAGAUCGAGCAGAACGGGCCCUCCAGGCAGCCCAAGGACGUGCUGCGUGACAUGCAGCAGGGCCUCAAGGAUGUGGGUGCCAACAUGCGUGCAGGCAUCAGUGGCUUCGGGGGUGGCGUGGUGGAGGGCGUCAAGGGCAGCCUCUCUGGCCUGUCGCAGGCCACCCACACCGCCGUGGUGUCCAAACCCCGGGAGUUCGCCAGCCUCAUCCGCAACAAGUUUGGUAGUGCUGACAAUAUCGCCCACCUGAAGGACCCCCUGGAGGACGGAGCCCCUGAGGAGGCAUCCCGGGCGCUCAGCGGCAGCGCCACGCUCGUGUCCAGCCCCAAGUACGGCAGUGAUGAUGAGUGUUCCAGUGCCAGCGCCAGCUCAGCCGGGGCAGGCAGCAAUUCCGGGGCUGGGCCAGGGGGUGCUCUGGGGAGCCCCAAGUCUAACACGCUGUACGGUGCGCCUGGAAACCUGGACACUCUGCUGGAGGAGCUGCGGGAGAUCAAGGAGGGACAGUCACAUCUGGAGGACUCCAUGGAGGACCUAAAGACGCAGCUGCAGAGGGACUACACAUACAUGACACAGUGCUUGCAGGAGGAGCGCUACAGGUACGAGCGGCUAGAGGAGCAGCUGAAUGACUUGACUGAGCUUCACCAAAACGAGAUGACCAACCUGAAGCAGGAGCUGGCCAGCAUGGAGGAGAAGGUGGCCUACCAGUCCUAUGAGAGAGCUCGGGACAUCCAGGAGGCCGUGGAGUCCUGCCUGACCCGAGUCACCAAGCUGGAGCUGCAGCAGCAGCAGCAGCAGGUGGUGCAGCUGGAGGGCGUGGAGAAUGCCAACGCACGGGCCCUGCUGGGCAAGUUCAUCAACGUAAUCCUGGCACUCAUGGCUGUGCUGCUGGUGUUCGUGUCCACCAUCGCCAACUUCAUCACGCCGCUCAUGAAGACGCGUCUGCGCAUCACCAGCACCGCCCUCCUGGUCCUCGUCCUCUUCCUGCUCUGGAAGCACUGGGAUUCCCUCACCUACCUCCUGGAGCACGUGUUGCUGCCCAGCUGAGUGGCCAGCCUGCCCCACCCCAUGCUCCCUGGCCUCCUGCUGGCUACUUUUCCAAGGGGGACCCUGGGACUUCAGAGUCCCUUGGACUUCAUGUGUCCGGUUUGGCCUCCUGCCCAAGCUGUCCAUUACAGCUGUGCCCAUCGCUCCUCUGUUCUUGCUUUUGUCUGACACCUUUUCUCUGUGGCCUAGCGGAGGACACCAGGACUGGGUCGUUUUGAUUAUUUACAGGAAUUCUCCCAGCUGACCUUGGGAUGCCCCAGGUCAAGAAGGCCAGUAAGAACAAGGGAAAGCCAGGUCUCUCACUUCCAUUUUCCGAGGAGAGAGCCUAACCUAUAGGCAGCCAUGGCCUCCCAUGGAGACAAGAGAAAGGCGACUGAGGGAGAGAUUGUGCUGGGCCCAGAAAGCACAGGAAGGCGCGGCUCCCAGGCUGCAGACACAACCAGGGCCUCAGAGCAGGCGCCAAGCAGCUCUGGAGAGCACAGCCCAUCCCUUGCCCCUCUUUCCACAGAGCUGGUUGGGCCUGGCUGCUGGGGCUGGGUUCUGCCCUGGUCUGAAGAUACAGGCUUGAGGCUGGUGUGGCUUUGGACUCGUGUGUUCCCUGCUGGUCUCUUCCUGCCUGUCACUGGAUCUUCUGUUUUUAGGGAACAGGCCCCGGGGGCUCCAAGCCCUUCUGCCUCUGGGCAAGCACUGGAUCCUAUUUAUUUAUUUAUUUAUUUGUUCCUUUUUCCCUUGCCCUUCCUGAGCUCCAG